UUUAGUUUAGUGCAUUCGAUUGGGGAGAAUUUGUUUACGUUUAAUAAUUUAUAAUUUACUGGAAAUAAUAACAGAAAACCAUUAGCGAAGAUGUCGUAUAUGUUACCGCAUUUACACAAUGGCUGGCAAGUGGACCAGGCCAUACUUUCAGAGGAGGAUCGCGUUGUUGUAAUACGUUUUGGCCACGAUUGGGAUCCCGCGUGCAUGAAAAUGGAUGAGGUGAUGUACAGCAUUGCCGAGAAGGUGAAAAACUUUGCCGUCAUCUAUUUGGUGGACAUAACCGAGGUGCCAGACUUCAAUAAAAUGUACGAAUUGUACGACCCCUGCACCGUGAUGUUUUUCUUUCGCAACAAGCACAUCAUGAUAGAUUUGGGCACGGGUAACAAUAACAAAAUCAACUGGCCGCUGGAGGACAAACAGGAGAUGAUUGACAUUGUGGAGACAGUUUAUCGUGGUGCGCGCAAAGGUCGUGGUCUAGUCGUUUCUCCCAAGGAUUACUCCACCAAAUAUAGAUACUAAGACUGACUCUUGUAAAUUGUACAGAAUUUAGGCUAUAUAAAUGUAUCUCAAAGUGAAACGAGUUUGUCUUUGCAACUGUUGUGUAUAUUGUUUUUCGUUUGGUUUAUUUUUUUCAUUUUUGUCACAUUUGUCAAUAAUAUCGCUAACAUUUACAUCA